AUGAAAAUGGCUCUGACUACUGUUCUUAAGGAUAUCUUGCCAUUGUUGGACAUGUCAGUUUAUUGUAACUACAAAUCAGCUUUAGAAAAAACGAUUACCUGUGUAUCGCAGUAUUGCAAAAGUGGAGCUUGUUCUGAACAUUUGAGAAUAUUUUUCUUAAAUGAGCGUAUCAACCAAUUAUUUGUCCUUGUUAUAAAAGACUGUGGCGUUACUAACGAUUUAUCCUACCCAAAGCUACCCGUACUCCUAACUCCUCCACCAUCACCUGGCAUUAGCUCGUUGUUAUGUUCUCAAUGUGGACAGUUUUUAGCACUCAUAUCUGAAACCUGCGUGUUUGUUGUGGAUGCACAGUUCGGCGCAAAAGAAUUUUGUCAGGACCAAAUUGUUCGUCCAAUAUACUGUGCUAUUGAUCUUAGAGACCUUUCCUCCAAAUCAAAAUUAAAUGACGUUAUAGUAAAGGUGCGGUGGCAUCCGAAAUCUAACAGAACAUUGGUUAUUGUAACCGAAAAUUCCUUUAUAUAUUACAUUCAUUGUGUAAAGUCCUCAGAAAAUCAAAGCAUUCGAUUCAAUUUAUGGCUUGAAGCAGAUCUUUCAGUAUUUACUCAUAGCGCUCUUGAUGCUACCUACCAGGAUAUGAAUGAUUCGGAUGAGAGUUCUUGCAAUGAAAACGAUGAUAACAGUUCAUCAGUGUCCAAUACGAAAAUGAAUCUCAGUUUUGCUUUAGGCAGCAAGUGUGUCGACUUUGAUUUCGGUUCCGCACUAUUUAUAUCAAAACGCGGUUUAUCGGAAGCUCAGUUACAAGAUUGCUGUUUGUUCCUUCUUUACGAAACAGGUGAUGUUAUUCAAGUAUGUGGAUGCUUGUCCGUUCGUAAAAUGAAUCAGCUAAAAUGUAAUGUUUUGCACAUUUUCCCACCAUCAAUUGAUAAUUAUGGAGAUGAAUUCUGUGCUAUUCAUUGUAUUCGUCCUAUUGACAGUUCAGAAAUGUUUUCAUUUGAAAAACCUCCUGAUAUAUUAGUGUUAGCUGAUAAAAUUGGUCGUUUGCAUAAUGGUAUUGUUCUGCGAGCCAAUAUACCUGGACAGAAUAAAAACAAAAAUCAAACUACAACCCCUCCAGUUUUACUAUGUCUCGUUGAUAUUGUGGAUCUUGAUCUAAUGUCUAGUAAUAGAACAACUGUGCAACAGUGUCAUCCAAACGGUAGUAUACUUCAUUCUUCAAAUUAUUCUGAUUACAAUCAUUUUGAAUCUCCAUCGUUGUCAUUAGAACCAGCUAAUCUAAUUUUUUUGGACAAUAUUGAAUAUAAUAGUUAUUCAAUAGAUGGUUCAGAUUUUGUUAAAAAUAGAAUUUUUGGCUUGAAAUAUUCACAUCAAGGAUAUUAUGUAAUUCAUCAUAUGGGCAUUCAUCUUGUUAGUCUGUCAUGGAUUGAAAAUCUUUCACUAUGGUGUAGUGAAUUUAACAGUCAACUGUUAAAUGAUUCUAAUAAAUCUCUUAUUGAAGAGAUUCGGGAUUGGCAGUCAUGUGUGAAACACCUUGUCUGUGGCCAAAUUACCAUCUCUACCCCUGAUGGGAUGAAUGAAGAUAUGGAGGGAAAGUUUAGACUAGCUGGUUUCAUUGAACUAUCAUGUAAUUUCCUGUCAAAAAGUCAACCGAAAUCUAAAACUACAACCACAUUAGCUGAUUGUCGAUCAACUAAAGGUGUCACACUUUUGUUUAUUCGUGCACCUAUCCAACCAAUUGAUUCAACUGCCGGUAUAACUGAUUAUUCAUGUUUGGUACAUUUCAUCAGUCUAACACGGAAACCUGAAAGUUAUGCUAUGAAACAACGUUAUACUGGGUUAGAUUCAAGAACUACUGAUCAUUAUGAUUCCUGUGAUUCAACUCUCCGUUCACACUUCACAUCUCAAAUAAAACAAGUGUUAUCGGGAGACAAUUCACAUUUUCCGAUGAUAACCGGUUUAAAUUUACAACCCGAUCUUACCCAGCAACAGUUGGUUCAAUUUUUUAUUAAGGUCUCUGAUAUACUGCGCAAAGGACCUCUAGAUCGUCUAAUGAAAGCUCGCUCAAUGAUUGAACAUCACUCUAGACAGUUACAAGAUAUAAUUUCAGCUCAACAUUCCGAAGCAAUGAAGCUAACAUCUGAACGUCAAACUUUACAAUCUAAAGCUGAGGACUUAGCAAAACGUCACUCUGUAAUCGUCGAGCGUCAAAGUAUGUUGGAUAAACGUAUGGCUAACUUAUCAACCCGUUUAGCCGCUUUAGGCGAAGGUCCUACUAAAGCUGAAAUCGCAAUGCGUAGUGAAGUUAUCGUAAUUCGUGAUCGUCUACACAAAGGCCUUAGGCAAUGGUUAUCGAAUCUCAAGAACCGUCGUGACAAAUUGGAAAAACAAAUACUGUUGCGCAAAAAAACAGAUAAAUCAUCUAUUCGUAACUCUCUUCCCAGCAGCCUUCUUAGAACCACCGAAAAUAUCGAAGGAAAUCAGUGGCAGACAGUAUCAGAAGAACUUCGCCGGGAAACUUUAGAAAUCAAAAUGUUAAUUAACGCAGUUAAAACGCUUAACACAAAGACUAUAAAUCCCACCUAG